AUGGCCACAGAUCAAUCAAACCCAGGAGACUUCAUAAGCUUAAGUAGCGAGGAUGAACCCCCUUUGGCCAAGAAAAGGAAGUCCCCGGAAAAUGAUACGUCCAGCGUUACUGGAUUGGAUGCCCCUGCAGAGCGCUCUAAGCGUGCCAGAGUAAGCUCUGCCUCUGCUGGUAACAGCCCAGGCGCAAAGGUAUCAGAGGAGGGAGAGAUUGACGACGAUGAGGACUCCGAGGGCGAGAUUCGUACUCCUGGUUCUGGCGAUGGGAAGAAGUCAGCAGGCUUUGCGUCAAGCGGCGCCUUUGUGCCCAAAUCCCCUCCGGUUUAUACCCGUGACUCGAUAUCUCUCCAACUCCCCGUGUUUUCUCAGCAAAGGGAGGGUACCUGGCUUGCAAGAUUCGAGGAGUGGGCACAACUUCUCUGCACGGCCAACUCAACGAGUGCCGCCAAGCUUACGCCAAUGGUGAUCCAAGAUGCCUACAAGCAAUACAUUGAUAGUCACAGUAGGCUGAAGGCCAAUAAGAAGCGCGCUGCGAGACAGGCAGCCGAACAAUAUUCGGAUGAAUCUCUAGCUGCCUUGAUAAGGUCUCUUCAGCCACGCCAGAAGGACGCUGCACAGCUCCCAGCAGCGGCGGUGCCUGAGGCUUUGGCCGAACCCAAAACGCAGAGCAACGCCUCCAGCGAACUGCCAGAGGCUCAGGUCAGCCAUAAGAGCGAAAACUCCGACCCUGCUGAGCAACUUCCUUCCAACCCUUUGACAACACAAACUGAUGGUUACUUUGUCAUUGACGUGAAACCACAGCCUCCUCAGACGGCAAACUCGCGCGAACCUCGACCAAUGUCACAGCCAGCACCUCAAUCUGCCAAAACCGCCAUGUCACAGCGGCCAGGCCUGCCUUCAGGGGAAGAUGCCCUCGAGCAACAGCGUCGGUAUUUCCCUUCAGCCAGCGAUCCGUCCAACAUGUGCUUACUCUGUGGACGAGAGGGCCACACUGCUGACGGCUGCACAAACUGCGCAUGCAAAUUCUGCGGAAAAGAAGACCAUUGGCAGUAUGCUUGCCCAUCUCUUGACCUUAAAUGCGACAAGUGCGAUAUUCGGGGCCACUCAGCGGCUGGUUGCGCAACAGUUCGAGAAGAGAGAGGAUAUGUGUUCAAGUGCAGCUUGUGUCAUUCAACUGCGCAUACGGACGAGCGGUGCACGCAGCCAUGGAGGUCAUUUCACCCUGAAGCAGAGACGAUCAAGACGGUUACUGCUUUGCCGGUUUCGUGCGCCUCAUGCGGAAGUAGCCAACAUUUCUCUGCGAAUUGCAUCUCGGAUAGGGUGGCUAUGGAUCCUACCUUUCCUACCAAUCCCACCUUUAGCAUGUACAACAUGAGUCGAUAUAUAGACGCAGCGAGCACCUCAUCUGCAAUCAUCGGUGCUGAUGAACUCGCACCGAAGCAACAGCCAGGAGAUCUUAGGAUCCGUGGCCACGCUUCGCGCUCCAACGAAGUCCGCUACUACUCAGACAGCGAUGACUCGGAUGAUGUGCAAUUCCUGAGUCAACGAGCCGUUCCUAAACCGGUACGGACGGGUCGUAUUAGGGUAUCGACCAGUCUUCAACCGCCCAACGGAGAUCAACGGCCUCCUCUGCCCCCGGGCCCACCACCUCUUGAUCCUCCGCCGCCGCCUCCCAAUCGCGCACCAAGACAAGGCUACUCGCAAACACCGACUGGGCCAACCUCGCUCCCUGCCAGGCCGCCGGCUGCAUCGCGUGAUUACAGGAGCGUACCACCGCCUCCCUCCCAACCUGCACAGGAAUCUCGCCAACCGUCUGGACGAGGAGGUCGAGGUGGUGGUCGAGGUGGUGGCCGAGGAGGUAGGGGAGGAGGCCCAGGAGGAGGCAGAGGCUAUAGAGGAGGAAAAUUCAGAGGCGGUAGGGGUCGAGGUGGUUAA